CGGGCGGAAGGCGCGCGGGGAUGAGGUCACGGCGCCGCGCUGCCCGCACUCGCGAUGGCCGCCAUCAGCAUGCGGCUGCCGGUGGCGCGGAAGGCGGCGGCGCCCAGCGCUGCCCGCGGCGCCGAGAAGCACCUGGUGGCCCCGGGGGACACCAUCACCACGGACACGGGCUACAUGAGGGGCCACGGCACGUACGUGGAGGAGGAGAAGCUGAUCGCUUCGGUGGCCGGCGCCGUGGAGAGGGUGAACAAGCUGGUGUGCGUCAAGGCGCUGAAGAGCAGGUACAACGGCGAAGUCGGUGAUAUUGUUGUCGGGAGGAUCACGGAGGUUCAGCAGAAGCGUUGGAAAGUGGAAACCAACUCCAGGCUCGAUUCAGUGCUGUUGCUGUCGUCUAUGAAUUUACCUGGCGGGGAGCUGAGGAGGAGAUCAGCAGAAGAUGAGCUGGCAAUGAGGGACUAUCUGCAGGAAGGAGACCUCAUCAGUGCAGAGGUCCAGUCUAUAUUUUCUGAUGGGGCUGUGUCACUGCACACCCGGAGCCUGAAAUACGGGAAGCUUGGCCAAGGUGUGCUUGUUCAAGUCCCACCCUCCCUUGUGAAACGCCAGAAGACUCACUUCCAUGACUUGCCCUGUGGUGCAUCUGUGAUCCUUGGCAACAACGGUUUCAUCUGGAUCUACCCAACUGCAGAGCAGAAAGAUGAAGAGGCAGGGGGCUUCACCACCAACUUGGAGCCAGUUCCCUUGUCAGACCGAGAGGUGAUCUCACGGCUCCGAAACUGCAUUGUGGCUCUGGUUACUCAGAAGCUGAUGCUCUUUGACACCAGCAUCCUCUAUUGCUAUGAAGCAUCCCUUCCUCAUCAGAUCAAGGACAUUCUCAAACCAGAGGUGAUGGAGGAGAUUGUUCUGGAAACACGACAGAGGUUGCUGGAUCUGGAGGGAUAGGGCACGUGGCCAGGAGCAGUCAUUGGAAGUCUCAGCAUGGCAGCAUUUGAUCCUCAGUAUUACUUUUUUCAAUGAUCUACUCCUCAACAUUCAUUCCACGCUUCAGAAACCACCAAAAUUCUUAUUUGAACUCUUAAGAUAUCUCCUGAGCCCUUUUAGUACAAUAGUACUAAAUAAUCCUUAAGUACAAUAACCUUAUAGUGCAGCAGCCUGAAAAACUGAUGUCUGGCCUUUAUGAAGAUGCAGAUACAACUGGGACAUAGCUCACUGCACUUGUUGUUGUAUCUAGUGCCCCCAAACCUUGUGCAGAAUGAUAGAGAGGAAGGGAUGUGUUUUGUCAUGUUUCUCUCUUCCCAAAGACUUUCUGAAUGGGUUUGAGAUAGAUCAAUCAGUCAGCCCUCUGACUGGGGGCUCUUGUUUUUCUCUGAAAGACUGCAGAUCCCAGGUACAAGUCCCGAGAGGACAAGAAUAUCCACACCCUGGCUAACCACACUUUGAGUCUGGCUGUUCACAGGUUCUGUGUCUCAAGGGUAUGAGAUGGGAUGAUGUGACAUGAUGUGGCUGCCCACGUAAGCCAGGAGCCACGGGUGAGCAGUGUCCUCUCAGUUCGUGUGCAUCCUGCUGCUCCGUUUUUUAUUCUUGAUGUGGUGAGCUCCUCCUCUGAGGAUGCUCCAAUAUUGUUUUCUAUUAAAUAUUUUACAUGUCAAUAAACUUUUUGAGGCAGAUCAGUCAUUCA